AUGAUCGAGCCAACUCCUCCUGUGGAGACUAUAGACAAACCUCAGCCGCCAGUGAGUGAUUCUUCCGUGCGUGGAUUUCAGUGGUGGAGACGAACUUUUCAAUAUAAGACCGGCUUGAACCUAACAAAAACUGAAAAGGAGCAGUACGAGAAUGAUUAUAAGUUCAUAUUGCAGCGCGAUCAGUGUAAUGAAUGCUACAAGAACCGAGAUUGGCUUUUGCAGUAUUCUCCCACGGUUAUCUUUAUGGCACAGCAGAUCGCCCGACUAGGCAGUAGGACUGGUAGCGCGCAGGGCAGUAACAGCGGAGAAGACUUAAAGUUUGACGAAUCAAAGAUUAUCUGCGAUGUGUGUCCAGAAUGGAGGAGCGGUGGAUUUCAUCCAGAACUCGGAAUAUUGCUAUGUCAAAAUCGAAUUCGUGACAAGUGGCAUCUUGAAGACACACUGGCGCAUGAAAUGGUGCACUACUAUGAUAACACACGGUGGCAGGUUGACUGGCUCAAUUUAAAGCAUCACGCAUGUUCGGAGAUUCGAGCGUCAAGUCUCAGCGGCGAAUGUCGUUUCAUGCAGGAGUUUGCGCGGCGAGGGCUGGGUUUCAAAGUCAGCAGCGGGCACCAGGAAUGUGUUCGUAGACGCGCAACCCUGAGUGUUAUGGGUAAUCCUAAUUGCAAAGACCAACAGCAUGCCGAGAAAGUAGUAGACGAGGUAUGGGAUAGCUGUUUUAGCGACACGCGGCCUUUUGAAGAAAUCUAUAGGUAG